AUGGAGGCUGUCCCCAAGCCGGGUGGGAAUGUCCUGCCCAAGAAGAACAAACUACAGACCAAGAGAAAGAAACCUCGGCGAUACUGGGAGGAAGGAGAGACCCCGCCAACUGUUGCCGGAUCCUCACCAGAGCCGCCUUGUAGAAAGAAGAAAAAACAAGAACUUCGUCCCCAGAGACAAAAGAACACUCACAUCAGGAAGUCUCAGAUUUCGAAGAAGCCCCAGAUCCCCAAGAAGCCUCGAGAACGGAGAAAUCCGGAGCCGCAGCGGACUCUGUCUGGGGCCCAGGACCCAUUCCCAGGUCCCGCCCCCGUCCCGGUGAAGGCAGCUCAGAAGUUCCGGCGCAUUGACAAAUCGAGAAGGCUUCCACGUUCUAAAUCCAAAAUCCGAAGUCGACUUGAAGCGGCUGAAGCCCAGGAAAAGGAAACCUGUGUCAGAGCUGCUCGUUCAGAGCUACUCCUAACAGAGGAACCUGGGUUUUUGGAAGGAGAAGAUGGGGAGGACACAGCAAAGAUACGUCAAGCAGACAUUGUGGAGGCUGUGGAUAUUGCCAGUGCAGCAAAACACUUUGACUUGAACCUGCGUCAGUUUGGACCCUACAGGUUGAAUUAUUCUCGUACUGGGAGACAUCUGGCUCUAGGAGGGCAUCGGGGUCAUGUGGCUGCCCUUGACUGGGUGACAAAGAAGUUGAUGUGCGAGAUCAACGUUAUGGAGGCAGUGAGGGACAUUCGGUUUCUUCACUCAGAGGCACUGCUUGCUGUUGCUCAGAACCGUUGGCUUCACAUCUAUGACAAUCAAGGCAUCGAACUCCACUGUGUCCGUCCCUGUGACCGUGUCACUCGGCUUGAGUUCCUGCCCUUCCACUUUCUUCUGGCUACAGCUUCAGAGACAGGGUUCCUGACCUACUUAGAUGUGUCAGUGGGGAAGAUUGUGACAGCUUUGAAUGCUCGUGCUGGACGCCUUGAUGUCAUGACUCAAAACCCUUACAACGCUGUUAUACAUCUUGGACACAGCAAUGGCACUGUGUCUUUAUGGAGUCCAGCUGUGAAAGAGCCACUGGCUAAGAUUCUCUGUCACCGUGGUGGGGUCCGGGCUGUGGCAGUAGACUGUACAGGCACGUACAUGGCCACUUCUGGCUUGGACCACCAGCUGAAGAUCUUUGACUUGCGAGGAACAUUCCAGCCUCUCAGCGCUCGGACACUGCCCCAGGGAGCAGGGCACUUGGACUUUUCUCAGCGGGGACUGUUGGCUGCAGGAAUGGGCGAUGUGGUCAACAUAUGGGCAGGCCAGGGCAAAGGCAGCCCACCCUCUCUGGAGAAGCCAUACCUCACCCACCGGCUCUUGGGCCAUGUGCAAGGCCUUCAGUUCUGCCCCUUUGAAGAUGUUUUAGGAGUGGGACACAGUGCAGGCAUCACCAGCAUGCUGGUUCCUGGAGCUGCUGAGCCCAACUUUGAUGGCCUUGAGAAUAACCCCUACAGGAGCCGGAAGCAGCGUCAGGAGUGGGAGGUGAAGGCCCUGCUGGAGAAGGUACCUGCAGAGCUCAUCUGUCUGGACCCACGAACCUUGGCAGAAGUUGAUGUCGUUACUCUGGAGCAGGCAAAGAAGGAGCGGAUAGAGAGGCUGGGCUAUGACCCCGAGGCCAAGGCUCCCUUCCAACCAAAGCCAAAGAAGAAGGGCCGCAGUUCCACGGCCAGCCUGGUGAAGAGGAAGAGGAAGGUCAUGGAUGAAGAGCAUAGGGAGAAAGUCCGGGAGAGUCUCGAGAAGCAGAAGCACAAACGAGAGAAGGCAGCUGUAUCCACAGGAACCCGGCCCUCUGCCCUGGACAGAUUUGUGCACUGA